CCCGCCGCCUCCCCAGCUGCUGUUCCUAAUUCUGCUGAGCUGUCCCUGGAUUCAGGGUAAGGACAUGGGAGCGUGGGGGUAGGCCCUGGGAUGGUCCCCACCUGGGGUCCUCUACCAUCCUUUCUCUGAACAUCCUGGCUUUCUGAGCUUCUGGGGGAGGAGGGAUACAGCUGACAGGGAAGGGGCAAGCCAGGGCAUUCUGACUUGUACCUGGAGCCCUAACCCCCAAUACUGAGAAGGUGGGGAAAUGAAUGAGGGGAGCUUUAACCAGCAUCUCAGGGGUUAAAUCCAGGAAGAAGGGUUGGGGAAGUUGGGGGGAUGUCUGCGGAGGCGGCAGAAGCAUGCAGGGUACCUGGGUGGGAGAUGGAGGUGCUGGGAGAGACGCCAGGCACUGCACGCACAAAUGUUCUUGGACGUAUGGACAAAGACAGAUGAACAGAGGCAGUGCUCAGAGCCCAGAUAUUCAGUCCUCUACUCUGACCCCUCGCCAGACUCCAGGGAAGCGGGCAGAGACUGCAGAGAAUGAAAGAGAGAGAGAGGGAACCACACUGCAGAGAUAGAACCCCAGAGAUAAAGCUGGGCAUUGCGGAAGCAAGGGCUGGGAGGUGCUGCCAGACCCUCCGCAGAGCUCCAGGGCUGGGGGAAGAUCACCAUCGAGGGGGAAAGGAAGGUAGCACUGGGGCCCCUCUCCACUCAGCUGGCGCUGUCCAGGGUUCAUAAGAGCCAAGAUGCUCACUGAAGUCCCACACAGCGUGGGAGGGGAGUGGGGUGGAGAGGAAGGUGUAGGGGUGCCGGGGACAGCUGGGAGCCCCUCCUCCACUCUUGGCUUUCAGCCCAGUCUGGGACCCUCUGAGCUCCUGCAGGCCCAGCUGACUAGAGGGGAGGAAGAGCUCUGGAAAAGAUCUUUCUGGAGAAGGAAGGAGUGUGGGGCAGUGGAAGGGCUCACACAACUUCAUCUCCUAGGUCUGCCCCUGAAGGAAGAAGAGGCACUACCAGAGCCUGGAAGUGAGGCCCCCACAGUAGCCUCUGAGGUUUUGGCCGAGCUGCUCCAUGGGGCCCUGCUGAGGAGGGGUCCAGAGAUGGGCUACCUGCCGGGAUCUGAUCCAGACCCCACACUGGCCACCCCUCCAGCCGGCCAGACUCUUGCAGCACCCUCCCUGCCACGGGCCACUGAGCCGGGGACGGGGCCUCUGACAACCGCUGUAACCCCUAAAGGGGGAAGGGGGGCAGGCCCCACCGCUCCAGAGCUGCUGACCCCGCCCCCGGGAACUACGGCCCCGCCCCUUCCUGGACCCGCCUCCCCAGGCCCGCCCCUCGGGCCUGAGGUAGGAGAGGAGGAGACCACGACCACCAUCAUCACCACGACCACUGUUACCACCACGGUGACCAGCCCAGUUCUGUGUAAUAACAACAUCUCUGAGGGCGAAGGGCAUGUGGAGUCUCCCGACCUGGGCAGCGCCGCCAGCCGCACCGCCGGGCUCUUGGACUGCACCUACAGCAUCCAUGUCUACCCUGGCUACGGCAUUGAGAUCCAGGUGCAGAUGCUGAACCUAUCUCGGGAGGAGGAACUCCUGGUGCUGGCUGGUGGGGGGUCCCCAGGCUUGGCCCCCCGACUCCUGGCUAACUCCUCCAUGCUGGGAGAAGGACAGGUGCUUCGGAGUCCAACCAACCGGCUGCUCCUGCACUUCCAGAGCCCACGGGUCCCAAGGGGCGGUGGCUUCAGGAUCCACUAUCAGGCCUACCUCCUGAGCUGUGGCUUCCCUCCCCGGCCGGCCCACGGGGACGUGAGCGUGACAGACCUGCACCCUGGGGGUACUGCCACCUUCCACUGUGAUUCAGGCUACCAGCUGCAGGGCGAGGAGACCCUUAUCUGCCUCAACGGCACCCGACCAGCCUGGAGUGGCGAACCCCCCAGCUGCGUGGCAUCCUGUGGUGGCACUAUCCACAAUGCUACACUGGGUCGCAUUGUGUCCCCUGAGCCUGGAGGAGCAGCAGGGCCCAACCUCACCUGCCGGUGGGUCAUCGAAGCAGCUGAGGGACGCCGGCUUCACCUGCACUUCGAGAGGGUCUCACUGGAUGAGGACAAUGACCGGCUGAUGGUGCGCUCAGGGGGCAGCCCCCUCUCCCCAGUCAUCUAUGACUCGGACAUGGAUGACGUCCCUGAGCGGGGUCUCAUCAGUGACGCCCAGUCCCUUUAUGUGGAGCUGCUUUCAGAGACACCCGCCAACCCCCUGCUGCUAAGCCUCAGAUUUGAAGCCUUUGAAGAAGAUCGCUGCUUCGCUCCCUUCCUGGCACACGGCAAUGUCACCACCACAGACCCAGAGUACCGCCCAGGAGCACUGGCCACCUUCUCGUGCCUCCCAGGAUAUGCCCUGGAGCCCCCUGGCCCCCCAAAUGCCAUCGAAUGUGUGGAUCCCACAGAACCCCACUGGAAUGACACAGAGCCAGCCUGCAAGGCCAUGUGCGGAGGGGAGCUGUCAGAGGCGGCUGGUGUGGUCCUCUCUCCCGACUGGCCCCAGAGCUACAGCCCCGGCCAGGACUGCGUGUGGGGCCUGCACGUCCAGGAAGAGAAGCGCAUCUUGCUCCAAGUUGAAAUCCUGAAUGUGCGUGAAGGGGACAUGCUGACACUCUUCGAUGGGGACGGUCCCAGCGCCCGAGUCCUGGCCCAGCUGCGGGGACCUCAACCGCGCCGCCGCCUCCUCUCCUCUGGGCCCGACCUUACGCUACAGUUCCAGGCACCGCCAGGGCCCCCAAACCCGGGCCUGGGGCAGGGUUUCGUGUUGCAUUUCAAAGAGGUCCCGAGGAACGACACGUGCCCGGAGCUACCACCUCCAGAGUGGGGCUGGAGGACGGCUUCCCACGGGGACCUGAUCCGGGGCACGGUGCUUACCUACCAGUGUGAGCCUGGCUAUGAGCUGCUCGGCUCCGACAUUCUCACCUGCCAAUGGGACCUGUCCUGGAGCGCAGCGCCGCCCGCCUGCCAAAAGAUCAUGACUUGUGCCGACCCUGGUGAGAUCACCAAUGGGCACCGUACCACCUCCGACGCCGGCUUCCCAGUGGGCUCCCACGUCCAGUACCGCUGUCUGCCAGGGUACAGCCUGGAGGGGGCGGCAGUACUCACUUGCUACAGCCGGGACACGGGCACACCCAAGUGGAGUGACAGGGUCCCCAAGUGUGCCUUGAAGUAUGAGCCGUGCCUGAACCCAGGGGUGCCGGAGAACGGCUAUCAGACGCUGUACAAGCAUCACUACCAGGCGGGCGAGUCUCUGCGCUUCUUUUGCUACGAGGGCUUUGAGCUCAUCGGCGAGGUCACCAUCACCUGUGUGCCCGGCCACCCCUCCCAGUGGACCAGCCAGCCCCCACUCUGCAAAGUGGCCUAUGAGGAGCUCCUGGACAACCGAAAACUGGAAGUGACCCAGACCACAGACCCGUCGAGGCAGCUGGAGGGUGGGAACCUCGCCUUGGCCAUCCUGCUGCCCCUAGGCCUGGUCAUUGUCCUCGGCAGUGGCGUUUACAUAUACUACACCAAACUACAGGGAAAAUCCCUCUUCGGCUUCUCGGGCUCCCAUUCCUACAGCCCCAUCACUGUGGAGUCAGACUUCAGCAACCCACUGUAUGAAGCCGGGGUGAGCCCUUCCCCUGAGAGCCCUUCCCCUUCUCCCCUGGAGAGCCCCAUCUCUCAGCUCCCCUAGGGCUCCAGAACUUUCUCUCAAAGUCUCUGUACUACCCGUCUUGGGGAUUUCAAACUCAGCUGCCUACAAAGGCCACACCAGUGAACACAGCGAGUCAGGCAUGCACGGUGGGGAGUGGCGGCAUGGUGGGGACUGGGGCUAAGUGGCCAACUUGUGCCCCAUCUGGUCUGCAGUGGAAACUUAGGCCCAAUUGCCAGGUCUUCCGGUUGCUCAAGACAACCCAGAAACUCAAAUUUGUGUGUGAUUUUUAAGAUACUGUAAGAUGAACCAGGUAUCCCCGGGGCCAGAUACAGCCCUGUUCCCUGCUCCCCCCAUGGCACCCAAACCUCAUGGCCAAUGUUAUUUUAAAAACUCAGGGUCUUUCCCCUCCCUGGUGGAUGCCUCCUCCCAUUUUGUUCCCUCCUCCAUCCCCAUCCUGCUCUAGCAACUGAUCCCCUCUCUCUCUCCAGGAUACACGGGAGUAUGAAGUUUCCAUCUGAAGCCCAAGACUAAGGCUGCAGGACCCAGGAUGCCCCUCCCCUUCCCAUUCUGGGCAGGGAGGAGUACAGGACCAUGUCUCUGGCUCCUUUCCUUCCUGCUGUGUAAACAGUUUCCCGGUCCCACAAGGGGGCUUUGAUGGCCCUGCGGACCCUACCGUAAAUAAACCAGCAUCCUGCUGCCCAAGCCUCCUCUUCUCGGUUGCCAAACAGGGGGCCUGCCCCUCCCCUCCUGCCCUACUGGCUUUUGGACCCUGGGAGGGGAACUCAGCCCCCCUGCAACUCCUGGGGCCCCUCCGGCCCAGGGUACCCCCAAGGACUGCCUGAGAACUCUGUUGUUCCUUUUGGCCUUGAAGGCUUUUCCCAGAUGCUCUGGCCCCGGGCCUCACCCCUGGGCUCUGGAGGGUCAGAAGAGGAGGGAUGAAGGGGGAAAGCAGGGACGCGGCCCCCCUACCCACUUCGCGUCAUCUCCCAACCCACAGUCUCCCCACCUUCGCUUCUGGAUUUUUGGUUUUGAGCAAUAAACAGAAAACCACCAUUUGUAACUAGGCUGGUGGGGUGUGGGAAGGUGGGUCACAGAGUGGCC